UUCUCCGCCCCCACCCCUGGCGGAGCGGCGCGGCAGGGCGGCAGCGGCGCUGCCAUGGCGGAGGCGGUGGUUCCAUGCCGGGUUCAGUACCUGGAGGACGCGGAUCCUUUCGGCUGCGGCAGUUUCCCGGAGCCGCGGCGAGCUCCGGUUUACGCCGUGGAGGAGGCGCUGGCCCUGGGCGUGCAGCUGCCCGCGCUGCACCGCCUGCUCGGGGCCCCGCUGCCGCUGGAGGACUGCACACUGCAGGUCUCACCCUCCGGACACUACCUGGACCUUGACUUGUCCCUAUUGGAACAGAAGGAUGAUCUGGAGGGUUUCUAUGAGGAGGUCAGGAAGGGGAGACGGCCCACUCUGAUCCUGCGCACGCAGCUCUCCGUCCGAGUCCACGCCAUCAUUGAGAAGCUGUACAACUCGCAGGGGCCAGAGCUGCGACGCUCACUCUUUUCCCUCAAGCAGCUCUUUCAGGAGGACAAGGACCUGGUGCCAGAGUUUGUGAACCUGGAUGGGUUGACGUGUCUGAUCAAAGUGGGGGCAGAGGCUGACCAGAACUACCAGAAUUACAUCCUCCGUGCCCUGAGCCAGAUCAUGCUUUUUGUGGACGGAAUGCAGGGUGUCAUCAACCACAAUGAGACUGUCCAGUGGCUGUACACGCUGUCGGGAAGCCCGUUUCGCCUGGUGGUGAAGAUGGCACUGAAGCUGCUGCUGGUGUUCGUGGAGUACACAGAGCCCAACGCCCUGCUCCUCAUCCGCGCUGUCAACGCUGUGGACCAGACAAGAGGAACUUGCCCAUGGUCCAACCUGAUGGCCAUCCUGGAGCAGCGCCAUGGGGCUGACACGGAGCUGCUGGUGUUCACCAUGACACUGAUCAACAAGACGCUGGCAGCCCUCCCGGACCAGGACACCUUCUACGACGUGACGGACUGCCUGGAGCAGCAGGGCAUGGAGCGGGUGGUGCAGCAGUACCUGGGCAGCAAGGGCACCGACCUCGACUUGAAGCAGCAGUUCACACUCUAUGAAAGUGCUCUCAAGCUGGAGGAUGAUGUGGAAGAGCCACCCUCAGGGGGACGCAAGGAGCGGAGGAGGACGGACGAGGGCCGGCGUGGGUGGCGAUCACAGGGUGGGUGCCCGGAGCCCAGCCCCGAUGCCCAGCCACUCCAGGGGUCCCCUGGCACCCCGAAGGAGCCCCCCACUGAGGACACCCCAGCAGUCCCCGCACCGAGCAGCCCGGCAGAGCCCUGUCCUGGCAGCAUCUACAACAGUGCGUCCACGGUGCGGCUGUCCCUGGCCUCUCCCCAGGCUGAGAAGGAGCAGCCCCCGGGCCUGGGCGAGCGCAGUGUCUACAAGCUGCGCCAAACGGCUCCUGUCUGGCGGGAGGAUGUCCCCUCCUUGCAUGGGGACAAGCCUAUUUUGAGGAAGUUUGAAGCUCGCUUCUUGGAGAACCUGGCUGCAGCCCAGAAGGAGAAGAUCUCUUCCAUGGCCAAGGGACGGCUUGACGUCCUCAGCGAUGCUGCGCUGGAGCAUCCUGCUUCUUUCUUGUGGGACAGGGACAGCGGCACCCCUGAGCCAGGCACAGAGACACCCAGCAUAAGGUCUCGCCUGGCUCAGCCGGACACCACCGACUCCUGCAGCACCAUCUCCUCUGACACCAAGUUCAUGCUGGACAUGCUCUACGCCAAGGGCUCCUCAGAGCCGGGGAGGGAGAAGGUCUUCCCCAAGGGACCAUCGUCCCCCCUGGUCCAGGGUGAGGUGGACACAGACAUGGAAGGAGGUAGCAACCGAGAGCAAGAGGGCGCCCGGCUCUGUGGCAGGGCUCCAGACGGGCCAGUGGCCAGUGCCCAUGCCAAGCUGGCACGUGCCAUGUCCAGUGUAGAUGCGGAGACUCACACGCAGAAGCUGGAGAACACUGGGAUGAUGCCCAUCAAGAAGGAUGCAGAGCUGACAUGGGAGCGCCUGGAGGCCAGCCCUGGGCAGCUGAAGAUCAAGGACCUGGACUUCACUGAUUUGGGGGAAGAAGAAGACUUUGACAUCCUGGACACGGGCCCCAUGGCCAAUGGCUCCUUCCUCUCUCCCAGCAUUGAAGCAACAAGUGCUGGAAGCCUCAUGGCUCCCCCUCCACCUCCUGCCAUCCCUGGUUGCCCACCACCUCCACCUCCACCUCCCAUGAUCCCUGGUUGCCCACCACCUCCACCGCCACCUCCUGCGUUCCCUGGCUGCCCACCGCCUCCACCUCCACCUCCUUCAGUCCCUGGCUGCCCACCCCCUCCAGGGCUGCCAGGCCUCACAGCAACAGAUGGCCCCUCCCAGGCCAAGAAAAAAAGGACAGUGAAGCUCUUCUGGAAGGAGCUGAAGCAGCUGGAUGGCACUGUGGGGCCAGGAAGGUUCGGCCAGGCAACAUUAUGGGCAUCCCUGCAGAGCGUUGAGGUCAAUGCUGCCAAACUGGAGCAUCUCUUUGAGUCAAGGUCAAAAGAAGCACCAACUUCAAAGAAGGCCAUCGAUGGGAAGAAGGUGGUGGUGGUGCUGGACCCCAAGAGGAGCAACGCCAUCAACAUUGGUCUCACAGUGCUGCCACCUGUGCACAUCAUCAAGACGGCUGUGCUGAACUUCGAUGAGUUUGCGGUCAAUAAGGAAGGGAUUGAGAAAAUCUUGACCAUGGUCCCAACUGAGGAGGAGAAGCAGAAGAUCCAAGAAGCCCAAAUGGCCAACCCUGAUGUGCCCUUGGGCUCUGCGGAGCAGUUCCUGCUUGCCCUGUCUUCCAUCAGUGACCUCACGCCCAGGCUCCAGCUCUGGGCCUUCAAGCUGGACUAUGAGAGCCUGGAGCAGGAGAUUGCAGAGCCACUCUUUGAUCUGAAGGUGGGCAUGGAGCAGCUGGCCAGAAAUCACACCUUCAAGUGCAUCCUGGCCACGCUGCUGGCCAUGGGCAACUUCUUGAAUGGCUCCCAGAGCAGAGGCUUUGAGCUGGGCUACCUGGAGAAGGUCUCAGAAGUGAAGGACACAGUGCACCGGCAAUCCCUGCUCUACCACCUCUGCCAGAUGGUGGUAGAGAAAUUCCCAGAAACCACCGACCUCUACUCAGAGAUCGCCUCCAUCACCCGCUCUGCCAAGGUUGACUUUGACGAGCUGGCCAACAGCCUGAUGCAGCUGGAGCGGAGGUGCAGGACCUCGUGGGACAACCUGAAGGUGAUCGCUAAGCAUGAGACUAAGCCGGUGCUGAAGAGCAAGCUGACAGACUUCCUCAAGGACAGCACCCAGCGCAUUGUCGUCUUGAAGGUGGUGCACAGGCGUGUCCUCAACAGGUUUCACUCCUUCCUGCUGUACCUGGGGUACCCGGCGAGCACAGUGCGGGACGUGAAGGUGACAACCAUCUGCAAGCUGCUGCGGGAGUUCGCUCUGGAGUACCGCACCUGCCGGGAGCGCGUCCUGCAGCAGCAGAAGAAACGGGCUGCCCACCGCGAGCGCAACAAGACCCGUGGACGGCUCAUCACCGAGACUGAGAAGUUCUCUGGCAUUGCUGAGGCUGCUCCGCCACCCGCCGUGGUGUCCAGCAGCCCUGAGGAGCAGAUGGAAACGGGACACGAAAGCAUGAAGAACCUACUGGCCUCCCCCACAGAUGCCCCUGCCCGCCGCAGCCGGGCCAGCCGGGGGACAGGACACACCACCCCAACCCAGGGCUCUCCAGCCCAAGAGGAUGUUCCCAGCUCCCCAGAUGAUGCUUCAGAUGAAAUCAUGGACCGACUGGUGAAAUCAGUGACUCACAAUGCCAACCCCCGGCCCUGUGCCAACAAGGAGCGCAGGAGGUCCCGCGGCAAUAGGAAGUCCUUGAGACGGACGCUGAAGAGUGGGCUCAGCGAUGACCUGGUGCAGGCGCUGGGCCUGGGGCGAGCACCUGGCAUGGAGGUUUGAGGUGGCCCAAGAGGGCUCCUGCUGCUUCUCACUACCAGUAGCCCUCAAGGCAGGACGUGGUGGCAGCCCCUUGCUGCUCCAGGCCUGACACACUCUGCACACUUCGUUUCACCUUUUCCUGCUGGUCUCCAGCUCCCGGAGGUGCAGAAAGCGGAUGGGAGUGAUGCCCAGGAGCUGCUCCAUGCUGGUCAGGAUGGAGGACGCUCAGCGCUCGUGUGUGGGGGUGGAGGCUCGUGGUUCAUCUUCUCAACAGUAUUAGAGGGGUCAAGGGGCUGGACCCAGAGACCCGCUCUGAGACCUGGGUCUGGCCCGUGGCCACUGUGGCAAUAAAGUGAUCUGAUGUGC